UCCAACCUGACCACAGCUUCUUGCCGGUUUGGGACCCAUUCGGUUGUGAGUAAUCCGCCCGGUGGCCAUCAUUUUGGGUGUGAAAGGAAAAAAUGCCCAUUUUGUCUAUGUAGAGAAAGCGGAUCGGGAACUUCUGGAAGGAAGAUGGACGAAAAAAUUGUUUCUCCAUGGGUGUCUCCUGUUCAACUCAGCAACUGCCUCCAUGAUCUUCUCAAAUUUGUUCUUCAAUCUUCCAUCAAUGGCACCCUUGGCUUCGACCUUAACUUAUCUGCUGACUUCUGUUCUGGACUUCUAAAACAUGAUGACAUUGGCAAUCAUACUGAUUUUACUGAAGGGGUGCCACCAUAUCCUUUAUACAAGCUUUUAGCUUCUGCUUUGGAACAAUGGAUAGUUUCUGGAUCAUUCCUUUCGACAAGUGAGGAUGUGCCACCAUUGUGUGAGGAUCAGUCUUUCAAAGAGACGAAAGAUAAUUGGAAUAAGUUAAUUUCACAAAAGGGGUCUCAAUUGGUAAAUAUGUUGAAGAGCAUCAAAUUUGAACUUCAUGUUCAGGAGCCAUAUUUUACACAGUUGAAAGAUGGCAUGAAAACAGUUGAAGGAAGGUGUGCAGUAGGAAACUACAAUCGUAUUCAACCAGGGGAUAUAAUUUUCUUCAACAAGUGCUUGAUGCUUGAAGUUCAGGAUGUUCGCCAUUAUUCAUCAUUCUUAGAGAUGUUGGGCUCUGAAAAUUUAGAGCACGUGCUUCCAGGAGUAGGAACCAUUGAAGAAGGUGAGAAAAUCUACAGGAAGUUCUACACUAAGGAAAAGGAACAGUUAAAUGGUAUGCUUGCAAUAUGUGUUGGCAAACCAGAUUCUCAGCCUUACAUUGUCUUAUGUGACAUUGUUUCAGGCCUUGGUUAUAGGGGCAUCCAGAGCUUCCUAGGGCUUAAGCAAACUGUAGGAACAAUUCCAGAGGCACUUCCACCUCCAAGAUCAGUCCUCUUCUCAUCAUUUGCAUCGGUGCAUAAUUCAAAUAUUAAAGGAAGUACCUUGACUGCAGGGGCUAGAGCAUUGACCAAGCAUGUCAAUAGAUGCAGUGAUAGAUUUUGGGGAAACGUUGAAGGAAAUGAUUCCAUCAAGAAUCAGCUCGCUGUUGAGGUCAUAACCCGCAUCAUUAGUCGUUGUCGAUGGAUGAAUGUAUAUAUUGUUCAACCACAUGGAAGUGUAUUUGAAAUAAGAAUUUCUGAUGGUUAUGGUGCUCGAUGGUCCAAAGAUGGAGCUAAGUUCAUAGGGUUUCUGGAACCAUACAUGGAGGAAGGUCAUUCUAAGAGAUGGAGGCACUAAACGCUUUCGAUGGAUACACCGCCAAAUCCACUAUUGUCUUAUAGUUUGUGUGGUAGUUUACAUAUUUAUGCUUCAGUAUUUAUGAAAACUGUGUCAAUUUGUACCAUUGUUUCUUGUUGUGUUCUUAAUCUGAAUCUUGAAAAGUAAAUAGUAUGUAAAUAAGUAGCAUUCUAAGAAUUUGCUCAUGUUUUUGAUCACUUUGUUCUUGUUGAAUUCAAACUAUGUUUUUUGAGCUGUAUGUUCCUUCAUAAGUUUUAGAAAGAUGGAUAAUAAAGGGACUCUUGAAGAUGGGAUUCUAACUUUUUAUUAUGCGGGUUUUAAACAGACCCUCUAUAUAUUAUAAUUAGAGCGAGCUAGAAGUGGGUUAUGUAUGUAGUCCUAUAUUAUUCUUUUUCCGUGAUGAAGAACUUGAAAAGUUAGGGUUUCACUAAGUCAGUGAAGUAAUGAGGGGGUAGAUUUAAAAGGGAGGAAUAGUUAAAGGGUUAAUUAGAGUUAGUAAAUUAAUUAUAUUAGUUUAGUUAGGUAAGUGAGGGUAUUUUCGAAAUAACACAUGGAAAAUGAGGAUAAUUUUGGUAAA